GGCGGCGGCGGCGGCGGCUGCGGGGCCGGGAAGAGCGUGAGCGAAAGCGGCUGCGCUGCUUCUCUCGGGCAUGGAGGAGUCCCGCGCGGGGGUGGGCCAAGCAAUCACCUCCCUUUGCUUUCCCUGAAGAACCGGGCGACGAGCUGAGAACCAUGGCGGGCAUUAUCAAAAAGCAGAUCCUCAAGCACCUUUCCAGGUUCACCAAAAAUCUAUCACCUGAUAAAAUCAACUUGAGCACAUUGAAAGGUGAAGGUCAGCUAACCAAUAUAGAGCUUGAUGAAGAAGUACUUCAGAAUAUGCUAGAUCUUCCCACUUGGCUUGCCAUCAACAAAGUAUUUUGUAAUAAAGCUUCUAUUAGGAUACCAUGGACAAAAUUGAAAACACAUCCAAUCUGUUUGUCAUUGGAUAAAGUAAUAAUGGAAAUGAGUACAUGUGAUGAACCCCGUGCCCCUAAUGGACCAUCACCUAUAGCAACUGCAUCAGGACAAAGCGAAUAUGGUUUUGCUGAGAAAGUUGUAGAAGGCAUAUCUGUUUCUGUAAACUCCAUUAUAAUCAGAAUUGGAGCAAAAGCUUUUAAUGCUUCAUUUGAACUUUCUCAGUUGAGAAUAUAUAGCGUGAAUGCAAAGUGGGAACACGAUGAUCUAAGAUUUACUCGAUUACAACUAUCACGUGGAGAGGUAUUGACAUUUAAAGAAAUCAACUGGCAGAUGAUCAGAAUAGAAGCCGAUGCAAUCCAAAGCUCUCAGCAUGAAAUCAUGAGUGCUCCAGUUCGUCUGAUUACCAACCAGUCUAAAAUUAGAAUCAUACUUAAAAGAAGGUUAAAAGAUUGCAAUGUGGUGGCAUCCAAACUAAUUUUAAUACUGGAUGAUUUAUUGUGGGUUUUGACUGAUUCCCAGUUGAAAGCUAUGGUACAAUAUGCUAAAUCUCUUAGUGAAGCAAUAGAGAAAUCAGCUGAACAGAGAAAAAGCCUUGCUUCUGAACCUAUGCAGAGUUCCAUGUCAGCAUACAAUUCUCAGGAGAUGAAAACUCAACAGUCUUCAGCAGCUUCUGAUCAAAAUGAUGCAAUUGAAAGACUAUUCAAUGAUUUUGAUGUUAAGGAAACAUCUUAUCAUCUAGAAAUUUCUCAUUUGGAUCUGCAUAUCUGUGAUGAUAUUUACACCAAGGAAAAGGAUGCAAACAGGCGUGUUUCAGGAGGUGCUAUGCAGCUGUCCUUUAGUCAGUUAACUAUAGACUACUAUCCAUUUCACAAAGCAGAUGAGAGCUGCAGCCAUUGGAUGCAUUACAGUGAUGCUACAAAAACCAGAAGUGAAUGGGCAGAAGAACUGCUGCAAGAGUUCAAAGGAAAUGUUGAAUUGCUUAAGCAGGCUGUGAGGGAUCACAAAUUAGAUUCUCCACUUAAAUCUCCAUUCCAGGACUCUCCACAGCAUAUACAGAUAGGCAAGGAUCAAAUGUCAAAAGGAAUUUCUAAGACUUUUGUGUCAUCACAGCAGCCAAAGGAGAAAUUGAUGUCUAGCCCAGUGGUAGUUAGACUUGCCGAUGUCAAUUUUUAUCAGGUCUCUACAGCAGACCAGUGUCGCCGUUCUCCUAAAACUCUUAUUUCUUGCAAUAAAAAAUCUCUCUAUCUCCCACAAGAAAUGCCAGCCAUUCAUAUUGAAUUCACUGAAUACUACUAUCCAGAUGGCAAAGACUUUCCUAUUCCAAAUGCAAACUUGUAUAUUCAACUAAAUGCACUACAGUUCACUUUGGACGAGAGAAGUAUUCUUUGGAUAAAUCAAUUUGUAUUGGAUAUGAAACAGAGUCUCAGUCAGUUUAUGGCCAUGUACAAGUUAAAUGACAAUUCAAAAUCAGAAGAACAUGUUGAUGUUCGAGUUGAUGGAUUAAUGAUAAAGCUCAUCAUUCCUUCUGAAAGGAAGCAAAAACAUAAAGAUGAUCCAUAUGCAAUUUCCAUUCAAAGUUCUGAAAUGAUUGCUACAAAUUCUAGACAUUCAGCAAACUGUAGACACUCUGAUUUGGAAGCAGCAUUCCAAAACUUCAAAGACUCUACAUUCUUCAGUAGAACUUUCACAGAAUUUCCCAAAUCUUCUGACAAUUUUAAUCUUUUACAUCCCAUUUUUCAAAGACAUGCUCAUGAACAAGAUACAAAACUGCGUGACAUCUAUAAAGGUAUUAUUACUCCUCAAAUGAAUAAAUGUGCACUUAAAACUUCAGCUGCAUCAGAUGUUUGGGCAGUGCAUUUUUCUCAAUUUUGGAUGGACUAUGAAGGAAUGAAGAGUGGGAAAGGACGGCCGAUAAGCUUUGUGGAUUCAUUCCCACUUACACUUUGGAUUUGUCAACCUAUGAGGUGUGAACAAUCACACAAAGAGCCUUUUUGCAGUCAGGACUCUCUCAACAUUCUGAAAAGUGAGUCUUGUGACCUUGCUAAUCGCCUGCAGCAUAAAAAGCGUCUGAAAGAGUAUUAUAGUACUGAGAUGGAUGCCUUCCUCACUGGUACUGAAAAUUUGUGCUCCACUAAAAGCACUUCGGAGUCUCAGUCUGCAUAUGUUGCAGACAUUCAUGUUUUACUUCAUAUUCAAAAACAUGUAAGCAUGCAGAUAAAUCAUUACCAAUAUCUUUUCUUACUUUACCUACAAGAAUCCCUUGCGUUACUCCUGGACAACUUGAGGAAGGAUGUAGAGACUGUGACAGGGAAUCCAGCAAAAGAGGCAAAUGUCUGUAUUGGGAUCUUAUUGAAAAGUGCUGACAUAGCUUUGUUGCUUCAUCCACUAGUGCAAGGAAGCAUGUGCAACCCUUCCAUUUUAGAACAAGGAGAUCCAGGGACAUCAGAUCCCUUACCCAUGGAAAACAGAGAAGCUUAUGAAUCAGAAAGCAAGCUAGUUUCUACUUCUACUACACAGAUGAACAAUCUAGAUAUUAAUAUUGUAACCAACUGUGGGUCUCUGAAUACUAAUCUUAAUCUUCUGAUAGAUCCAGUUUUAAAAUCAAAUAUUGACAUGGAUUUGCCAAGUGAAAGUUCAUUUUUGAAUGAUGCAGCAGAAAAACUUUGGAGGAAAAUGAAUGAAGAAAGCAAUAGUGGGCUUUUCAGUCGUAGUGAUUCAGGAGAAAUUUGUGAGUCAUUAAGUGACAAUUCCUUUCCUAGAGAAUUGGCUGAUAUGUCAAAUUGCAGAGAAGACCCUAUCAAAAUGCUGGUGGGCAAGGAAGAAGAGAAAAGUGGUUUCUCAAAUAACAAAAGUAAAGCAGAAUGCUCAACUGUUAGAGUCAUAGAAACUGAAACUGAUUCUGCAGGACAGUCUGAGAAGUUUGAAAAUGGCAAAGAAAAAUUGAACACAGCAAAAAUGCUUGCAUUUCAGUCUUCAUUAAGUGGAAAGCCUAAGGAAUCGUGCCAGUCCAAUCUCCCUGCAUUCUCUGUUUCUUAUAAGAACAUGAAGAAAAGUCCAUCACAAGCCUCUUUGGAUACCAUUUCUACUGACAGUAUCUUUGAGGAGCACUACUUGGAAAGUGAUGGAAGUGACAGCCAAAGCUUUUUGGAAAAAGCUAUCUUAUCCACUAAACCAGUGGAAAAUAUGCGUGAUGAAGGCACAGAGAAUGAGAAUUAUGGUGAAUCAUCUCCAGAUGUCCUCAGUGCCAAUUCAGAGUGUACUCAGGAUGCUAGUGAAGAAAUGAUGUCAGUGGUAGUUUUUAAAAUAUUUGGUAUUAAUGGUGAAAUCGACAUCAGAGGUGAAGACACAGAAGUUUGCCUUCAGAUAAAUCAUGUUUUACCAAAUCAGCUGGGCAAUAUCAGUGUUCGGCAUUAUCUCUGCAACCGAACAGCAGGUUCAGAUCCUAAAUGUGCAGCUGGGCCAAUUAAACCAACUCCUGAAGUAAGACUAAGGUGGGAAGGUGGACCCAGUGCUUUAAUACAUUCAUUGCAAUCUGAAAAAACUGGGUUUCUACAAUGUCAUGUAGAAGAUUUUACUGGUGACUUCCUAACUUCUUCACUUAUGAACAUUCAACGUUUCUUUGAAGACGAAAUGCUUGCAGAAGUGAUGCCUAUGAAUGUAAAAAUUUCUAACACAAAAAUCAACAUAAAAGAUGAUAGUCCUCGUGAUAGUUUGUCUGCUCCUGAAUCAGUCCCAGUAACUGUGUAUAUUGAUCUGCUUAUGAUAGAGAGGAAAGAUGAUGGCUCGUUUUACAUUACAGGUAGAACUUUUCUUCCCUUCCCCAUAUUUAAUACUGGCAACAUUCAAAAAAAGUGGUUCCCAAAGUGGGCGAUACCACCUCCUAGGGGGCUGUGGGACGACUUAGGGGGCGCUAAGAGGCAACUUAUAGAAGAAAAUGAAUGUCUAAAACAGGAAUUAGCCAAAGCCAAGAUGGCCCUUGCUGAAGCUCAUUUGGAAAAAGAUACCUUGCUUCACCAUAUUAAAAAAAUGAAUAAUGAAAAAUGUUAGCAGACCCUAUACAUUAAUGUGAAAGAAGAAGGGACAUAUUUUAUAUUAAUUUUUGUUUAUGGAACUGAACUCAGAGCAACAUUUCUGCAAAAAAUGCACUUGUAAAAAGGGAUAAGAAAUUUAGAUUUUUUUCUUUUUAAACUCUUUUAAGUUGCACUGAUGUGAAGAAGAACAAUUGCUAUUAUACAUCAUUAACUUGUGAAAUAACAGGUAAAUGAAUAAAAUAUUCCUUUGUCACUGAUAGGAUAAUUUCAUUUUCAUUUGUGAAGAUAAAAAAUCUUUGUUACAACAAAAGGACUGUUCAAAAGAUAUUAAAUUUACACUACACAUAAAAUGAUCUAUUAUGAAAAUGUGUAAUUGUCUUGCAGAAAUAGUUCAGGCGCCAACAAGAUGUUCUUAAAAAUUAGCACCUUCAAAUCUCAAAAUGUAUAACUAUAGCAUGGGAAAGGAUAAUAUGGUGAUGUAUGUUGGGAAAAAUUGGAAAUUGCACAAUCAGUUGGACAACGAUUUCUUAUUAGUUCACAGAAUAAUAGGGUUGUUAGAUCUGAGCUCUUUUCGAGGAUCAUUAAUCAUUUUUUUUGCUUUGACUAUGAAUCUCAGCCAUUUUUAGAAACUUUUACAUUUUUAACAGUUGAAUGUUCUUUUGUAAAUUAACAUCGCUGUAUAUUAAUAUGCUUGAAAACAGUUAUUUGAAUUUGUAACACUUUAACAAAAUGUAAAGUUGCAUUUUUUAUCACAGAUUAUGUGUAAAAAUUAAACUUUAAAUUUUUAGUUUAAAAAUUGUUGUAAAUAAGUAAAGUACACCAAUCUGUGCAAAAGAUUCCUAAAUUUUUAAAAUAACAACUAAAUCCCUGACAGAACACAUAUCAGGAUGAUAAUAGUAUAUAGGCUAUUCAGUGAUCUUUCUCGAUCAUUACUUGAAAAUAUUGUGAGGGGUAUGUAUUUGCUAUACUUGAACUGUAAAAUAAUUCAGGGAAUGAUUGAUUUCUUUUUUAAAGUAAAAAUAAGAGACCAAACAAUUAAAAUCUGAUGACUGAGUUUUGCAAAGAGGACACAUCAAGAUGUCCAACUUAUGUAAAACAAUUAUAUAUGCCUUUAUUUUAAAACAUAAGUCUUGAUUUUAUGAAGAUCAGCAUAUUUUUCAUCUCCUAUUCCUUUCAAUUGAAAUUAUAAUUUAUCUUUAUUUCUUCCUAAAUAUUAUCUCACUAUUUCUCUAUGCUUUCUUCUGCCACUUUAAUUAGUUUAUCAGAAACAAAGUUAUAUUUCUCCAAAUCUACAAAAUACUUGACUAAAUGGUAAGUUAUUUUCCAGAUUACUUUUGGACAGGUUAUUUAUGCACAGUCCAUUUUAAAAGACUAUACAUAACUAACUACCAUUUAACUUGAUAUUAAGAUUCAUUUAGCUUCCUGCAGCUUUAUUUCUAAGUAGGCUAUAUGUAAAAUUAUAUUACAAAAUAAAUAUAUACAGGUAGUCCUUGGUCAAUAAUAACAAUUGGGACUAGAAUUUCUAAAGCUAGCCAAUGCAGUCAUAAAGUGUGUUGUGACUAUACCGCUUAGAGAUAGCAGCACUGGCACUUCCUGUUGCCAAUGUUAAGCAAAUUCCACAAUGUUACAUAUUUGUGACUUGAGGGCUUCCCCAUUCACUGUGCUCGUAAGAAGCCAGGAAAGAAGCUGAACAAUCAGAUCAAAUGACAUGACUGUGGGUACACUGCCGAGCUGGAAUUUGAAGGACUAGUUGUAAGUACCAUUUGUUUAGCACCAUUGUAAGAUGUGUAAGCACUGUAAGGUGGAAAUUGCUUGAAAUUGAUACUGUUGUUCCCUUAUUUCAUGCUUGUCAUACUACCAUACUAACGGUUUGGUCAAAAAAUAAUAGAAUUUGGUUUUGUUCUUGUUUGAAUUCACUGAACAAAUCCAGUAUUGUAAGCCUUGCCAGGUAGACCAGACAGCAAACAUAACCAGAUCAACUAAUUCUACUUUACUGUAAAGCUACAUGAACAGAAACUUGUAAAUCUGAAAGUACAAUUCGGCCACUGUCUCCUUUAUAGUCCAAGAACUUAGAUUUCCUUCUGAGUUUCUUGCUCCACCCCACUUUGCAGCUGUGGGCUAUAUUGUCUCUUAUCUAAUUGUUCCCUAAGCUGCAUCUCUUCACCCAGUCUCCCGAAGAUCUUUUCCACAGAACAUUAGAAGCUACUAUUUUACUCACUUUGCUGUUCUUUAUAAGAAAAAGAUUUUUGAGUUAACAAUUUUUAAAGCACAGAAUUGUCAUUUUAAAGCAAAGAAUAAUUUCAUUUUCUGAUUCAGUUUUUUUUAAAAAACCAGUUAUUGGUGCUGUGAAAAAGAAUCGUUCAAAUACUAAAAUUAAAAACUGUUAUUAAGAUAUUCCUAUGAAUGAAUUAAGGCCUCUUACUUCAUGCUUCCCAGUUGGUAUGGAAGAAGUGGGUUGGACUUUGCAUGAUCAUAUCAUCUUUCUGUCAUUUAUUGCAACAUGCAUUUUUUCAGGCUUUAGUACAUGCCUGAAAAAGAAAUGUUGCUGCUGAAAUGAAUCACAUAAUUAAAGCAGUAUGUAUUUAAUGAGA